AUGCAAUUGAAAAAAAAAAUCUCCAAACAAAUAAAAAAAACAAUUGAUUUACUAAAUAUAUAUGAUUUAUAUCAUCAAAAUGUUGAUAUAACAAGUACAAAUGAUCGACAAAAUGUUAUUGAAGUUUUAUCAAAAUAUAGAAAACAAUUUGAUAAGAGUCGAAAAAAAGAUCAAUUGAAGGGGAAAAUUAAUUAUAAAUCUACAAAUAAAAGACCAAAAAACGAAUUAACCAAAAACAAUGAAUUGAAAAAAUCCAAAAAAUUAGAUCCGUCUAAUGAAAAUCAACAAGAAAUUGAUCAAGACAAUGUGAAAUCAUUUGAAGAAUUAUCAAACGUUACACCAGCUCAAAUGUUUUAUAGUCAAUCUUUAAAUCAACAACCACCAUUAAAUACACCACCAACUUAUCAUUUUCAACAACAUUAUCAAAUGACAUCAUUACCACCACAAAGAUAUGCACCACCACCACAUCCUCAACCAGUUUAUCAUACUUAUCCAACAUAUAAUAAUACACCAAACAAUUUCCCCUUCUCACCUGUACCAAGUUCACAUUCAAGUCAAAAUGAAGCAAAUGAGGAACAUCAAACAUCACAAAGAUCUUUAGAAGAAGAAUCUUCAAGUUCAGAAGAAGAAAAUUCAAAUGAAGAAAAUGAUUAUGAUACAUUGGUGAAAACAGCAAAAGAUAUAAGAUCUAAAGGGGCAUUGACAAAAGCCUAUAUAUCUGAGAUACAAUGUGUGAAAGCAAUUAAAAGUCAUAAAAUGUGUGGUUAUAAUGGUUAUAAAUUGUUGUUAAGACAUAAAAAAUCAACUAAAACCUUACUUAUUGCAUCUUUGCGCCAAUUAGCAAGAAUAGAUGUUGACACAUUUCUCAAUUUAUGCAAACUUGGAGGUAUAGUGCCACCAUAUGGUGCAAUAUUGAAAGUUGAGGAUCAAUUUUUAGGAAAAUCUAAUGAAUAA